AUGUGCAAUCAUGUUGCGGAUUUCAAAUCCAAACUCGAAGUACACUUGCGAACUCACACUGGAGAAAAGCCGUUUCAGUGUGAUAUUUGUUCGAAGUCAUUUUCGGAUAAAGGUAAUCUGAACCGUCAUAAGAGAACGCUUGGUCAAUUUCGUUGUUCAAAAUGUAAUCAAGGAUUUGAACAAGAAUCAGCCAAGAUCGACCAUGAAGCGCUAUGCAAUCCUCUACAAUUUGAAUGCGAUAUAUGCGGGCAUCAAACAAUGAAUAAAUCAAAUUUGACUAAGCAUAUGCAGGUUCACACCGAGGAAAAGCCGUUCGAGUGCUCAAUUUGUUUCAAGUCGUUUGCAAGAAACCCUCAUCUCCGAAUUCAUUCGAUGACUCACAAAGAUGAACUGCCGAAUGCUUGUUCGGAAUGUGGUCGACGAUUUGCCACUUCGAAAGAUAAGCAAACACACGAAAUGCGCUGCCAACGAAGUCUUUUCGCAUGUAGUGUAUGUCAUUACAAAACUGUUCAAAAGAGUCAUUUGAAGCAGCACAUGCAAUCAAAACACGGAGCCAAAAGAUCGAUCGAAUCACACAGCGAUCAGUUCCCAUUCCAAUGCUCCAAGUGCCUCGGAGGAUACGUAACCGAAGAUGGAAAAGAGAUUCAUGAAGAUAGCUGUGGCUACCGUCAGUAUCAAUGCCAUUUGUGCAAAGAGCAUCGCCGAGACAAACAAAUGUUGAAGAACCACAUGCGAAAAGAUCAUACCGGAGAGCGGGAAAUGAAGCCAUUCAAAGGUGUUUCUGGUAGACGCUGCAAGCGCAAAUCAAAGUGCACAAAGGUUGAAGUCAAGCAAGAGCCGGUGAUUAAAGAAGAGCUCAAUGACGGUGACGAUGUCAUGAACAUACCACGGCCAAGAGUUGAUGGAAGAUAUCGUGCGAAUUACGAUAGGCCGAUUGACUUUGACUAUGACUUCGAUGAAGUAAAAGAUGAAAUCAAAUGUGAAGAAGAAGAGACGGACAAAGAAAAGGACUCGACGCCAUGUGAACGAUCAAAUGAGAGAGCUGGCGAUAAUGAUGAUGACAACGAAGAGCAAAUGGGUGACGCAAUCGAUGUUCAACCAUCGCAACAGGUCAGUAGUGGAAAGAAACGGAAUGGAAGCUCUGAAAGACCAAACAAACGAUCUAUUCCCAGGAAUCAAGCGGCCAAAAACAAAAAGAAACACAAAUGUCAUGUGUGCAAUCAUUUG